CGGCGGCGGCGGCGGCGGCGGUAAGAUGGCUGCCCACGGGGGCUCCGCGGCGUCGUCGGCGCUGAAGGGGUUAAUUCAGCAGUUCACCGCCAUCACCGGUGCAAGUGAAAGUGUAGGAAAACAUAUGCUUGAAGCCUGCAACAAUAAUCUGGAGAUGGCAGUCACUAUGUUUUUGGAUGGUGGAGGAAUCGCUGAAGAGCCCAGUACCAGUUCAGCAAGUGUCUCCACUGUCAGACCACACACAGAAGAGGAAGUUCGUGCCCCAAUUCCUCAAAAGCAAGAAAUACUGGUGGAACCAGAACCUUUGUUUGGUGCUCCUAAAAGACGACGGCCUGCUCGUUCAAUAUUUGAUGGUUUCCGGGAUUUUCAAACUGAAACUAUUCGGCAAGAACAGGAAUUAAGAAAUGGAGGAGCGAUAGAUAAGAAACUAACUACCCUUGCAGAUCUUUUCCGGCCGCCCAUUGAUUUGAUGCAUAAAGGCAGUUUUGAAACAGCCAAAGAGUGUGGCCAGAUGCAAAAUAAGUGGCUGAUGAUAAACAUUCAAAAUGUACAAGACUUUGCAUGCCAGUGCCUCAACCGUGACGUAUGGAGCAAUGAAGCUGUGAAGAAUAUUAUCCGGGAACAUUUCAUUUUCUGGCAGGUCUAUCACGACAGUGAGGAAGGUCAGAGAUACAUACAGUUUUAUAAGCUAGGGGAUUUCCCCUAUGUUUCCAUCUUGGAUCCACGGACAGGUCAGAAGCUUGUAGAGUGGCACCAGUUAGAUGUAUCUUCUUUCUUGGACCAAGUAACAGGAUUUCUGGGUGAACAUGGGCAAUUGGAUGGACUUUCUAGCAGUCCCCCCAAAAAAUGUGCCCGUUCAGAGAGCCUUAUAGAUGCAAGUGAAGACAGUCAGCUAGAAGCUGCCAUCAGAGCCUCCUUACAAGAGACACAUUUUGAUUCCACACAGACAAAACAGGAUAGCCGCUCAGAUGAAGAAUCUGAAUCUGAACUUUUUUCUGGCAGUGAGGAGUUCAUAUCUGUUUGUGGCUCUGAUGAAGAGGAGGAGAUAGAGAAUCUUGCGAAGUCUAGAAAGUCUCCCCACAAAGAUUUGGGGCAUAGAAAAGAGGAGAACAGAAGGUCACUGACUGAGCCCCCUGCCAGAACUGAGCCUGGAACAGCCACAAACCACCAAGGGUUGCCAGUUGUGGAUUCAGAAAUAUUGGAGAUGUCACCUGAAAAAUCAGAUGGAAUAGUGGAGGGCAUUGAUGUAAAUGGACCAAAAGCACAGCUGAUGUUGCGGUAUCCAGAUGGAAAAAGGGAACAAAUCACUCUUCCAGAGCAAGCUAAACUACUAGCUUUGGUGAAGCACGUCCAGUCUAAAGGAUAUCCAAAUGAACGUUUUGAACUUCUCACCAACUUCCCUCGGAGGAAACUCUCUCAUCUGGACUAUGAUAUUACAUUACAGGAGGCAGGCCUUUGUCCUCAAGAGACUGUCUUUGUACAGGAAAGAAAUUAACACCACGGCCUGACCUCUCUCAGCUUACCCCUUUUUUUCCCUUUUUCUGUGAGAUACCAUGUCACUGAGUAUGCAUUUUGGCUCAUAGGACCAUAGAGCCAAAGUUGGGCAAGCAAGUCACCUGCCUUCUCUUCUGUUUCUUGUUCUCUCCUGUAAUCAGCCUCACCUUCCCCCUUUUUUUCCCUCCUCUCCCAUUUUCUUCCUUUUCCUACUUUUCUCUCUCUUUCUUAACCUAAUCUGGUGACCAAAUGGAAGUGUUAGGAUAAGACCUCCUAGUACUGGCAGCAGGAAAUGUGUGUUCCAAUAAGUGGUCUCUUACACAGCACUUUUAGGGGAUCAAAUGAAAUGUUACUCCUCAGACUCCUUUGGUAAAGGAAUGGCUAGAUUCAGAGUAAGAACAGCCUCUCUGUUUUGUAAGCCCUUUUUUAGUAGGGAGAAGAAAUUCUCUAACACAUGUUUUGUUUUGUUGUUCAUGUAGGAAAUACCACAUAACAAAGUGCCCAGGCUUUUGUUUACAUGGAAAAAGCAUCCUUUAUAAUUACUGCUCAUUAUAUUUAAUGUUUUUCUCAAAGAACUCCCAUCUAGAAUUAUUUCCAUGAUAUGUGUUAUUGACAGAAAGAGUGUUAAAUUGGGAUGAGUAGCAUGGAGUGACUUUCAGUAUCCUAGCCUGAGACAGCUUUCUUCGUUAUUACUCUAUAAAACUAUCUUGAUCCUGCUAAUCUUGGGAUGGACAUUUUGUGAGCACAUUGUGAUGACUAGGAUAGGAAGGUACUUGCUGUUUUUGCCAGUACAGCAUAUUAGUUCCUUUGGCCCUUCCAUUGUUUGGGUCCACAAGUGAUCUAUAGGAAGGCAGCUGUUAAGUAAUCAUGAGUACAAUGGCUUGUAGUUGUAACCACUAUGGUUAUUGAUUGUCCUAUGUGCUUUAAGGCAUACUUAAUGUAUGCCCUAGGGGAAAAAGAAGAAGAUGCAGCUGAGAGUUGCUAACCAUGUUCCUUUGGUUAGAAAUAAUGAUUUAUCUUUUACUGUUGGUUGGAACUGUCUCUGAAAAGCUCUGGUGAUUGAAUGAGCUUAAUUCCUCAUGCAGUUUUUUACAAAAGGUAUCAAAACUGAAAACUUAGUUCUAAGGGGAGGACCCUUAAAAUCAGUUCAUAAGACAACAUUUAGUAACGGAAGUGGGGAAGAUUACCUGUAAUUUUCGGGUGUGGGUUUUUUCUGCCAACAAAAGCCACAUUCAAAUUGUAGUUGGUGAGCGCUUUUUUCAGUAUUAUUUAGAAGAGGUCAUCUUGAAUCUAUUUAAUACGAUUAGACUUACCAGCUUCACAUUAUGCUCAGUUCUUAUUUUGAGCUUUAGAGUCCUCUGAACGGGUAGCAGUAAUUCUGGUGGCAAAAUCAGAACUUUUAACUUGUUAUAAAAUCAUAAUACAGAGUGAACCUAUUUUGUUGAUUGGGAUUUAGAUUGAUUGAUUCUUCUACUUGAGGAAAAUAAAUUGCUAUUACUCAGAGACCUUUAGGUUCCCAUCUACUUUAAGAUCACUCUCCUGGCAACUGGGGGAUUUAAAAAAAAAGAAAAAAGAUGCUUGUGUGUUGCUAGUACACAAUUAGAGAAUACGGUUUCUAAUGGUUGGACUUUGAGGGACCCUCCCUAAAGAAUGAGUUAUGUAUGUCCUCAAGGAAAUCAUGGAAAAUUCUGUUUAUUCUUCAGUGAGUCCUUUUGAAUUGAUGUUCUUACAUUUUUUUCUAAGUCUGUGUAAGUGCUUAUGUAUAAGUAUAUAAUUGUAUAAAUAUUUAUAAAUAUAUUUAUAUAAUUACAAUUUCAUUUAUACCUUGAGUCAAAGUUCUCUCUUUAGAUUGGUGACUGAGUAAUACCACUUUGGUGUAUUUUCAUAGGCUUUCGAGGCUAACUAGCAGCUUCUGAUUCAUUGAGGAAGCAUGGUUUUCAUGUUAAUUCCUCAAUUAUUUCUCUGAACUUGGAUAAUAUACUUGCUAUCUGAAGAACAGAGCUAUAUACAAAGGUGCAUUAGGGGGUAAAAAAACUAUUGGUCAUAGACAAGGUCAAAAAUCUGAAAAUUCAGGGAGGCACAGGGUAAGAGGUGAUGUUAUGCUCAGCUUUGGUGCUGUGAUGGCACCUGUCUCCACUCUCAGCAGAGUCACAGCUAAAGUCCAAAUCUGUUAAAAAUAUGAAGUCAAGAAUUUUCCCCAUAGGAUUCUGUUUCAUUCUUUUACCUACUAGUUUCUCUUUGUAAAACAUAUCUAGAAACCUUAAGACAACAUGUUCAUUAAUGAUAAGAUGUAGUUCUUUCUGAUAAGCUCAGCUCUGGCAUAUCCACAUACAAGAAACUAAAGUAACUUUUUCAACUUUGAUUGCUAUGAGAUGACCACAUCAAAGUGAUACAAGUAAGCAUAUCAAAGAGAUGGGGCAUGAGAUAUUGAUCCAACUUAAAUAAAACAGGGGUUUUUAGAGUUCAAGAUGUAGAGGAUUUUAUUUUGAGGCAGGAGUGUAAUUAUCCUGGGUUUGGUAUACAAGCCCACAAGGAAGGCAUUAUGGAAUUGUACACAGGAAGAGUAUGGAUUGUGCUUUGUGCAAGAACUUAAUCCACUUUUAUUAGUAAGUCUUAUUUCCUCUGCAAAUUCCGUAGCUCUUUGGAAGAGAGGUUUUAUUGAAUAGAUAAAAUGAAGUUAGUAAGAUUAGGUAAAAAUAGUCACUCCUCUUAGGUAUAGGAAAUAGCUUGAAAGAGACCUUAAAAGGUAGGAAGGAAAAGAACAAGAUAGAGUUUGAUGAGACUAAAUGACAGAAGACAAAUAUAGGGAGAUGAAAUGAAAAUUAGUAGGGAGGAAAGUAACAGGAAAUCAUUUGAAUUUGAUUUAUGAAGGGACCAGAGAAGAGAAUAGCCAAACAGGGGAAGAACAGGAAAGUAAUUUUGAGUAACUAACAAAUACUACGUAUUUCAUGUGCAUUUUCUCCUUUAGUCUCCCUAAGAACUCCACAAAAUGCAUAUUUCCCCCAUUUUAUAGAUAAGGAAAAAAAUUGAAGUUUAGAGAACUUGUUCAGGAUGUCAUAGCUAGUAAGUGGCAAAAUCAGAGUUGGCAUUCAUGCUUUUUUUUCACUCCCGUGCUGUGGUCUCCAACAGAAAUCAAUUUGUUCAAAAGGUUAUCUUCUCAUUGUUUGGCUCUGUAAGUUUUUUGGUUUUGUUUCCUUAAAGCUUGUGAGAUUUGUACUAUGCCUAUAUAGUCUUAUUUACACCAUUAUUUUCAGGGGCUGAUUACUAAUUGUUCUUUAAAAAUGAUGCACUGAUGAAAAUGUGAAAGGAAAAUAACUAUGGCACUAUUUGCCAAGAAAAAAUGGAAAGGAUAAAAAAGAAUUUUAUCAACUUUUUUUUUUUUUUUUUACUAUUUUUCAGCAAAGAUAGAAUUAUCUUUUCUAUAUCCCAUCUAUAUUAGAUUGUUGAACAUUCUGUGUAUUUUCAAAUCUUCUAUAAAAUUCUACUUCCUUGACUCUGUAAGUUAACAGUUAUUUGAGUCCUUAAUCAAAGUUGGAAAAAUCUUAAUCUAAGAUCUGCUUCCUGCCUGUUUUAUCCAGUUGGAGAGACACACUACACAUGAGAUAAUAGAACAUGUAAACGCUUACUUUCCUGAGUCUGAACCAUAAUUAUAGUAGAAGUUUAGAAAAGGUAAAGAAUAGUGUAAGUUUUAUUUAGGGAAAUAAAACUGAAAAGUGGCAAACACUUGCUCACAUUUUCUUUUGAUUCCCCUGUAUUCUUUAGUACCAGCUUUUGAAACUGCUAGAUUUAGGGUGUGACAUUUAACAAUAAGGCAUAACUAGGAAAGAAUUAUUGAUCCCAGGAUUAAAGAUUUAAGCCAGCAGGGAUCUCAUUUGGACAUUUAGGAAAAUACCAGAGGGAGCCACUUCCUACUGGAAAGGGAAGAUUUAAUUUCUCUUCCCAGGUACACAUUAAAUGUAUUAUAUGCAGAAGGGGCACUAUAUUAGGUAUAAAGUAUACUUGGGUUACAUCUGUGCUUCUAAUUCUCUGUUGAGAAUUGGACUAGAUCAAUAGUUCUUAGUCUGUUCAAGUAAAAGGGCUUGUAGUGUUAAAAUCCGGCAGUGGUGGGGAGUUGUGGGGUUAAGUAUUAAAAUCCUUAAUUCCUUAGGUGUGCAUGUGGAAUUGCAGAUCCUUUCCAGAGACUCUGGGAACCCACAGAUUGUAGACCACUGAAUUAUACUAUCUCUGAAUCCUCUCCACUCCAAAAUUUAAUGCUCUGAGUCUCUUCCUUCUAUUUAUAUGUUAUCCCUAGAGUAAUUAAAAGUACUCUUGUUAAUCAGUUCUUGCUUUUUCCCCUGUGUUCAGGUUUCAUUUGUCCAGUAACUUGAUCUACCCAUACUGUGAUGAUUGAAAUCUCCAGAAGGAGAGUAUAAUAGUUUCAGGUUUACUAAUGAUCCUUUAAACAGAAUUCAUUACUUUUAAUUAAAACUUAAUGCUGUUUUCCUAAUCAGUGUUGAGUGUAACUAAAAUGUAAUAAUAACCAGUUAUUUCACUGACAGCCAGAGUUAAAUUUAAUUCUGUAUGUUUGCUUAAACAAAGCAGUUUACUGACUAAGCAGUUGUUGGGAAAUUGAUUUGUGUAAAUUGUAGAAUUCACUUGGUUUUGACAGAAACAAGUUUUUCAGGAUCAAAUUAGAUUGACUUUUUAAAAUAUUUCUUAUCGCAUAGAGUGUAUCUCCAUGGUGUCAUUCUGUCUUUCUGGAUCUCUUUCAUUUAGAGCCAGAGAGAGAGUAAAUAGUACUCAGAAGUAUUACUCAAUAGUAAAUCAUGAAAUGGAGGUUGAUGAGUAAGUAAAGUCUUGUGUAAAAUUAAAUGAGAGUAAGAAGAACCCACCCUUCUGGUGAACAUAGCGGUUUUCCAGUAAACAUAAGCCUUGAUGAAAAGGCCACUUAAGGACAGCUGUGUACUAUGAAUAUUUAACUUCAUUUAUUUGCCUUGCUUAGCAUUUUACUUACUGUCUUGCCAUGAAACUUAGUAUUGCACUGUAUACAUUUUAGACUAGUAAAAAUGUUCUGUCGUACUGAAAAUAACCAACAGAGAACACCAAGGCAGUGUGGUGAUUUCUCCUGAUAUGUCGAAAUUCUAUAUUUCAGUGAUGGCUGCUUCAGUCUUUGAUUCACCUAUGUGUCAGUCCUGCUAGAGAGACAGAUUAGAAUCUUAGCCUUUUUUUUAGUAGAGAUUAUGAUGACCUUGGUAGUUUUCCCAUGAAGUGAUCGUGUGAUUAAAUUAUUGAGUGUAAUGAGACCCUUAAUUAGAAAAUCUUUUAAUACAACUUUCUCUUUUACGUUUCCAUUCUGUUCUUGAUUUUUGACAUCUAUUCUCAGAAAAUGUCAUGAUUUUUAAUGAAAUUGGAUGUUUAAGAAAUUCAAUUUCUGACUUUUAAUAACUUUUCAUUUUUUAUAAAUUAAUAUACCAGGAAAGAAUUUGAGGCAAGCAUCAUUUUUUAUAACUCUCUUUCUCUCUCUAAGAAUCCUUACUCCAAAUAUAGAAUAGCUAGUCCAUAACACCCUUCCCUCUUCUUUAGCUUAUGGAAUGCUGUUGUAUUGCUUAGAAUCUCAGUCUUUCUCAUAAACAUAAUAGUUUUGGUACAGGCUUUUCUUUGACAUAUGAUCUCAAAAUAGAGUUGAGCAAUCUAAUAUGAACUACCUUAAUAAAACAUAAUUUAGUAUUUCUGUAAAGCAUUUUCAAAAGAUAACCAGACUUACUUGUAGGAUUAGAGAUAUAAAUACUGAUGGUAGUAUUUUGCCUGAGAACAAUCACAUGUUAAUCUAUAAAUAUGGACAUUUGCCUUGCUGUACUUAAUUCUGUUGCACCAAACAACAAGUUUUUGUUGUUUGCUUAAUAGUGUUUCCUCUACAGAGAUCAAAAUGCCCUAAGAUUUUGUAUCCCUUAUAAAGUCACUUGGGUUUAUAGAUUGGAUGAAUAAGCUCUACUUAAUGUAAGAAAAAUUUUAUCUCCAUUGAAAGAAAUUAUUAAUCUAACUUGGCCACCAUGAAUCACUCAUUUAUUAGACAUGGUAGAUAAAAUGGUAAACAUUUCAAAUCAUUAGAUAAAUUCCGACUUGGAAUUGAAUUCUCCCCUCCUUAAAGUCUUUUCUGUUUGUUUUAUUCUUAGACUCAAUAUGGACAUCUUAACUGAUAAGGGAGAGAAAUUCUUGAUCUGAAACCAUUCCCUGCCAUUCUGCUUUAUUUUUAUUUUUAUUUUCUUCUGUCAAGGUCGCUGACUCUAGUAUGUGUCACCAGGACAUAUUCAAGUUAAUGACAUUGGAAUGUUGAUGCUCAGUUGGAUAUCUUUCUGUUUUCAACAAAAUGGUUUUAUAGUAUGCUUUUCUCAAGCUUCUGUGUUCUUAAUAAUGAAAAAUAUCAAUAAAUGGUGUGAUUCAAAAUAUAAAUAGGUUUUUGACACUAAUCAUAUGCUCUUAACAGUAGCUUUUUGAUAAUUUACUGCCCUGUAAGUUAAACCUCUGAUGGAGUGACCACUGCCACCAGAAAAUCCCCUCUUACCUGCUAAUUAGAAUGAAAGUAGUAUGUGACCUCCACAUUUCAACUAAUUAGUAGUAAGCUUGUAGUGGCUGUUUAUCUUACCUAUUUGGGGACUUGGGCCUUGUUCCUUUCCUAGGUUUGUCCCUUAGAUUUGGAAAGACUAUUUAAAACUUGCUGGGAGACAGACAGUAAAGCUGUGAGAUAAUCCUCUAGUCUUAGUUGUAGAGAAAUGAGUACCAGUUGAUGCUAAUAUGAUACUUGGAUUUUGAGGGGCUUCCAGCCAAGCUUUGGCAUGAAUCUUAGAAAUAAUUUUAUUCACUCCUUUAAGAAUCUUUUUUUUUUUUUUUAGAACGGUUUUCCUUUUGAUUGUUAACAGCUUCUAAGCAUCUGGUGUCUUUAUUAUUAUUUUAACCCUUUAAGAAAGAAAGUAGGUAUUGAUUGUUCCAUGGAAACUCUCAGGAGUGUUUGUAGGCUUCUCUGCAUGCUUUGUAUGAGUUCAGUUUUAACUGCGUUUUGAAUCAUCUGGAAUGUCCAAUUCUGGUGUCCUCACUCACUAUUGUGUUUUUUCAGCAUUUUUCAUGUCAUUUUCCAAACCUCACUUCCCAUCUUAUUCGGAGAAGUUAAUCAAGGAAUGGAAUUUGGGGAUAGGGACGGGGGUGGGUUGGGGACUUGAGUGAAGUCAACUUAGGGUAUUUGCUUUAGUGUUCUCAAGCAGUUUCUAACGGUAUUUAGAAAUUCCCUGGGAUGUUUGUAUACUCAACUUAUUCUGGAUAAAGUGGUGGUCUCAGUGAGAUUUGCAUUCUUAAUGCAGGGCAAGCUCUAAAUUUAAUCUGUACUAUAAUUUGGUUAUUGAAUCCAAGAAGGUAAUGGACAGAGACAGUGCUCCUAUUGUAGUGUUUCUGGCAAGUGCUCCCUAAAAUGCACAUAACAUAUAGUUCUCAAUUUUCAGGGCUUUAAUCCCAUGGUGCUAGGAGAGAUCAUUUGUUUCUGCAGUUCUCAAGAGUGGGGAGAAGGCUUUGGGACCAGUGAGAAAGGGACAACAGGAUCAUCCACUAAAUUUUUUUGUUCAAGACACUUGAAAGACCCUCCUGUAUAUCUAGUAAGAGAUAAUAAAGGUGCUAGGGAAAGCCUUAAAUUUGAAGACAUAAGGAGACCAUAGAAAAUAUACACUUGUAGCAGGAGAAAAACGUGCUGUUAGAUAAAGCAGAGCUGUAACUGCUGGCUAAGACUCAAUGGAACUUCCACUUGCUCUAAAACCAGGGAAAUCUUAAAUAACUGGGUGUGAUAUAUCUAUAGAUACACAUAGUCUAUAGGUAAAUAAUUUCUAAAAUGAGGAUCUUUCUCUUGGUGAUCCUCUGGUUUUGGCUGUACCAAAUUGUGAAUAUUCUUGCUGUGUUGUACCCAGUUACUUUAUAUUGAUACUGCAACUUGAAUUGGGGAGGGGGCGGUGGGACAUUUGGGGUGGGGGAGGGAGGGGAGUCUUUCAAAGACAUCAGCUCACUGUGCUGAGAGAGGGACCAAACUCAAGGAAACCUCUGAUCUAUAAAUUCAACUGCUGCAUUUUUUUAUAAAUACAUGUAAAUGUCCUGUUGUAAUAUUUGAUCUUGGAAAUAAAAUCAAAAACUUUUCAGUA